AUGACUCGGCAUUUAAGUACAAUCUUGGAAAAGAGAGAAGAUAACGAGGAUUUUGAUGACGACGAAUGUCCUUUUGGCCGGCCGGUCGAAGGAACACACAGAAGAUUCCAGAGAAGGGUUCACUCCUGUGGUGAUUUAGUUGUUUCUAGAGAGUGUAGCAAACCCAAUGAUAUUUUAAUUCUGCCUGUGCUACCGUGCCUUGAGAAUACUCACAGACAAGCAUUACUCAGAAAGGGAACAGCGAUAAAGGACAGUUAUAAAGCCUGUAGUGAUCAGAAUAUAUUUCCGGAUUUUAGGCCUUCUGAUCGCAAUAGGAACGAGAUAGACCUUGAUACUAAGACUGCAAGAAAUUCUUCGCGGUCAAAUACAAAGAGAGGUGGAAAUUUUUCCCACAACAAGGAAAACAUUGUUGCUUCGUGGCUUCAAUUUUUUGGAUAG